ACUUACCUGGGUUAGAAUGACACUCCAUGGGUAGGUGAUUGAGGAAAACAUGCAGCCCACCCUUCCCCCUCACAAUGACCUCCCCACCCCAUGUUCAUGUGCAGUCUGAGUCCAGCCCCUCACCCCAUGUUCUUUUGCAGCCCAUGCAUGUUGUCCAGGAUGCAGGGAUCUGACUCCCAGCAGAGCAGGAGCAGUCUAUGAAUGUUCUCCAGGAUGCAGGGAUCUGACUCCCAGCAGAGCCGGGACAGUCUAUGCAUGGUGUCCAGGGUGCAGGGAUCUCGCCUCAUCAUAGCAGGAAUAGUCUAUGCAUGGUGUCCAUGGAUCUGACUCUGAGCAGGUACAGUCAAUGCAUGGUGUCCAGGGAUCUGACUCCCAGCAGAGCAGGUACAGUCUAUGAAUGGUCUCCAGGAUGCAGGGAUCUGACUCCCAGCAGAGCAGGUACCGUCUAUAAUUGGUAUCCAUGGAUCUGACUCCCAGCAGAGCAGGUACAGCCUAUACUUGGUAUCCAUGGAACUGACUCCCAGCAGAGCAGGUACAGUUUAUGCAUGGUGUCCAUGGAUCUGACUCCCAGCAGAGCAGGUACAGUCUAUGCAUGGUGUCCAGGGAUCUGACUUCCAGCAGAGCAGGUACAGUCAAUGCAUGGUGUCCAGGGAUCUGACUCCCAGCAGAGCAGGUACAGUCUAUGCAUUAUGUCCAUGGAUCUGACUUCCAGCAGAGCAGGUAGUCUAUGCAUGGUGUCCAGGAUGCAGGAUCUGACUCCCAGCAGAGCAGGUACAGUCUAUGCAUGGUGCCCAGGGAUCUGACUCCCAGCAGAGCAGGUACAGUCUAUGCAUGGUUUCCAGGGAUCUGACUCCCAGCAGAGCAGGUAGUCUAUGCAUGGUGUCCAGGAUGCAGGAUCUGACUCCCAGCAGAGCAGGUACAGUCUAUGCAUGGUGCCCAGGGAUCUGACUCCCAGCAGAGCAGGUACAGUCUAUGCAUGGUGUCCAGGAUGCAGGAUCUGACUCCCAGCAGAGCAGGUACAGUCUAUGCAUGGUGCCCAGGGAUCUGACUCCCAGCAAAGCAGGUACAGUCUAUGCAUGGUUUCCAGGGAUCUGACUCCCAGCAGAGCAGGUAGUCUAUGCAUGGUGUCCAGGAUGCAGGAUCUGACUCCCAGCAGAGCAGGUACAGUCUAUGCAUGGUGCCCAGGGAUCUGACUCCCAGCAGAGCAGGUACAGUCUAUGCAUGGUUUCCAGGGAUCUGACUCCCAGCAGAGCAGGUACAGUCAGAUGCAUGGUGUCCAUGGAUCUGACUCCCAGCAGAGCAGGUACAGUUUAUACUUGGUAUCCAUGGAUCUGACUCCCAGCAGAGCAGGUACAGUCUAUGCAUGGUGUCCAGGGAUCUGACUCCCAGCAGAGCAGGUACAGUCAAUGCAUGGUGUCCAGGGAUCUGACUCCCAGCAGAGCAGGUACAGUCUAUGCAUGGUGUCCAGGGAUCUGACUCCCAGCAGAGCAGGUACAGUCUAUGCAUGGUGUCCAGGGUGCAGGAUCUGACUCCCAGCAGAGCAGGUACAGUCUAUGCAUGGUGUCCAUGGAACUGACUCCCAGCAGAGCAGGUACAGUCUAUGCAUGGUGUCCAUGGAUCUGACUCCCAGCAGAGCAGGUACAGUCAUACAUGGUGUCCAUGGUGCAGGAUCCUGACUCCCAGCAGAGCAGGUACAGUCAAUGCAUGGUGUCCAGGGAUCUGACUCCCAGCAGAGCAGGUACAGUCUAUGAAUGGUCUCCAGGAUGCAGGGAUCUGACUCCCAGCAGAGCAGGUACAGUCUAUAAUUGGUAUCCAUGGAUCUGACUCCCAGCAGAGCAGGUACAGUCUAUACUUGGUAUCCAUGGAACUGACUCCCAGCAGAGCAGGUACAGUCUAUGCAUGGUGUCCAGGGAUCUGACUUCCAGCAGAGCAGGUACAGUCAAUGCAUGGUGUCCAGGGAUCUGACUCCCAGCAGAGCAGGUACAGUCUAUGCAUUAUGUCCAUGGAUCUGACUUCCAGCAGAGCAGGUACAGUCUAUGCAUGGUGUCCAAGGUGCAGGAUCUGACUCCCAGCAGAGCAGGUACAGUCUAUGCAUGGUGUCCAGGGUGCAGGAUCUGACUCCCAGCAGAGCAGGUAGUCUAUGCAUGGUGUCCAGGAUGCAGGAUCUGACUCCCAGCAGAGCAGGUACAGUCUAUGCAUGGUGUCCAGGAUGCAGGGUCUGACUCCCAGCAGAGCAGGUACAGUCUAUGCAUGGUGUCCAGGGUGCAGGAUCUGACUCCCAGCAGAGCAGGUACAGUCUAUGCAUGGUGUCCAGGGUGCAGGAUCUGACUCCCAGCAGAGCAGGUACAGUCUAUGCAUGGUGUCCAGGAUGCAGGAUCUGACUCCCAGCAGAGCAGGUACAGUCUAUGCAUGGUGUCCAGGAUGCAGGGUCUGACUCCCAGCAGAGCAGGUACAGUCUAUGCAUGGUGUCCAGGGUGCAGGAUCUGACUCCCAGCAGAGCAGGUACAGUCUAUGCAUGGUGUCCAGGGUGCAGGAUCUGACUCCCAGCAGAGCAGGUACAGUCUAUGCAUGGUGUCCAUGGAUCUGACUCCCAGCAGAGCAGGUACAGUCUAUGCAUGGUGUCCAUGGUGCAGGAUCUGACUCCCAGCAGAGCAGGUACAGUCUAUGCAUGGUGUCCAGGGAUCUGACUCCCAGCAGAGCAGGUACAGUCUAUGCAUGGUGUCCAGGGAUCUGACUCCCAGCAGAGCAGGUACAGUCUAUGCAUGGUGUCCAGGGUGCAGGAUCUGACUCCCAGCAGAGCAGGUACAGUCUAUGCAUGGUGUCCAUGGAUCUGACUCCCAGCAAAGCAGGAACAGUCUAUGCAUGGUGUCCAGGAUGCAGGGUCUGACUCCCAGCAGAGCAGGUACAGUCUAUGCAUGGUGUCCAGGGUGCAGGAUCUGACUCCCAGCAGAGCAGGUACAGUCUAUGCAUGGUGUCCAGGGUGCAGGAUCUGACUCCCAGCAGAGCAGGUACAGUCUAUGCAUGGUGUCCAGGGUGCAGGAUCUGACUCCCAGCAGAGCAGGUACAGUCUAUGCAUGGUGUCCAGGGUGCAGGAUCUGACUCCCAGCAGGGCAGGUACAGUCUAUGCAUGGUGUCCAGGGUGCAGGAUCUGACUCCCAGCAGAGCAGGUACAGUCUAUGCAUGGUGUCCAUGGAUCUGACUCCCAGCAGAGCAGGUACAGUCUAUGCAUGGUGUCCAUGGAUCUGACUCCCAGCAGAGCAGGUACAGUCUAUGCAUGGUGUCCAUGGUGCAGGAUCUGACUCCCAGCAGAGCAGGUACAGUCUAUGCAUGGUGUCCAUGGAUCUGACUCCCAGCAGAGCAGGUACAGUCUAUGCAUGGUGUCCAUGGAUCUGACUCCCAGCAGAGCAGGUACAGUCUAUGAAUGGCUCCCAGGGGCCCCUCUAAGGAUGUGGAUCUCCCCGGUGCUCGGUUCGCCGCCGGUAUCUGCUUCCCCAGAGACUUUUCUUAAAGGAGCCGCGCACGAUUCUCUCCCAUGCUCCCGGGGCAGCUAUUGUCCACCAUGCCUGGCAGGCCCCGCCCCGGGGAGUGACGUCACAAACCAGCCCCAGGCUCGCGUUCUAAACCCGCCCCCAGGCUGAGCCAGUAGACCCCGCCCCCAGGCAGAGCUCCUACAAAGGGCUGGAAGCUGGCCCUGGGAAAUGGAACACACACACUGUCUGUCUGUCUGUCUGUCUGUC